AUGUUCACAAGUCCAUCGUCUGCAUACAGUCGCCUGUGGUUGCUAAAGCAACUGACGGCGGAUUCAAAGAGUCCUAUACCAACACCAUUCACAUUGAACAAUCCAAAGCCAGAACGGUGGCGUGCAUGCUUAGCUACGUAUACAAGGCAUGGUACCCGACCGAGAAAUGGCGCACGAGGGAUAGCAGCAGACCUACUCCCGCACGUUGAAGUCAACUGUAUCGCUGACUAUUACAACAUCCCCGGGCUGAUAGAGGAGGCUAAUGCGAACAUUCGCUAUAUUCUGCAAACUUGCUGGCCCCCGGACGGUUUCUCGGACGUUAUCGAAGCAGCUCUCAACACGACAGGGGAUAAGAAGCUGAUGGAAAUUAUCAAGGAAGCCAUCACUGAUCAUAUCCAUGAACUGAUUGACCGGGAAGACUUCAUAGAGCUCGAGAUGAUGAACGGAUUCAUGACCAAUGUCAUCCGGAGGUUGAUGACUGAAUGUAUCCAACUUCGAGAUGAACUCAGAAGACCUUCCAGUUGA